GCGGAGGGAGCCGAGGGCGAGCCCCUGACGGUGAGGGUGGGGAAGCGUGAGGCAGGGAGCCCAUCGCCGCGGCUGCUGGCGGGGCACGGCUGCCGCUGCCAUGGCGCUCUCCGCCGCGCCCCUCAAGGUCUGCAUCGUGGGUUCGGGCAACUGGGGUUCUGCAGUUGCCAAAAUAAUAGGCAAUAAUGUGAAAAAACUACAAAAGUUUGCUUCCACAGUGAAGAUGUGGGUCUUUGAGGAGAAUGUUAAUGGGAGAAAAUUGACAGAUAUCAUAAAUAAUGAACAUGAAAAUGUAAAAUACCUCCCUGGACACAAGCUGCCAGAUAAUGUGGUUGCUGUCCCAAACCUUAAUGAAGCUGUAAAGGAUGCAGACUUGCUGGUUUUUGUCAUCCCUCAUCAGUUCAUUCAUAAAGUCUGCGAUGAAAUCACAGGACGAGUACCCAAGAAAGCCCUCGGUAUAAGUCUCAUAAAGGGAAUAGAUGAAGGCCCAGAGGGACUCAAACUGAUCUCUGACAUUAUUCGAGAGAAGAUGGGAAUAGACAUCAGUGUGCUGAUGGGAGCUAACAUUGCCAAUGAAGUGGCAGCAGAGAAAUUCUGUGAAACCACAAUAGGCAGUAAAAUCUUGGAAAAUGGCCUUCUCUUUAAGGAACUCCUGCAGACUCCAAACUUCCGAAUAACUGUAGUAGAUGAUGCAGAUACAGUUGAGCUUUGUGGUGCUCUGAAGAAUAUCGUAGCAGUGGGAGCUGGGUUCUGUGACGGGCUUUGCUGCGGUGACAAUACGAAAGCUGCUGUUAUUCGCCUUGGCCUAAUGGAGAUGAUUGCCUUUGCCAGAAUUUUUUGCAAAGGACAAGUGUCUACUGCCACUUUCCUGGAGAGCUGUGGAGUUGCUGAUCUCAUCACAACAUGUUACGGUGGCCGCAAUCGACGUGUAGCAGAAGCGUUUGUUAAAACUGGAAAGUCUAUUGAGGAACUGGAGAAAGAAAUGUUGAAUGGUCAGAAGCUGCAAGGACCACAAACUUCUGCAGAAGUGUAUCGUAUCCUGAAGCAGAAAGGAAUGCUGGAUAAGUUUCCACUGUUCACUGCCGUGUAUCAAAUCUGCUAUGAAGGGAAGCCUGUCAGAGAGAUGAUAUCCUGCCUUCAAAGCCACCCAGAGCACAUAUAAAGUCAAUCAGGCCGUUGUAUUAAUGCAGCUUUUUGACGUUCAAAUUUGAGCCUGGGUUCAAGUGGAUGUUUUGUUAAGUUUUGUUCAAAGCUGCUUGCUAGGCAACAGUAACAACAUGAACCUCUCUGAGUGGUUAUUGGUUUUUGUUACACAGCCUAGUUUGACAUAGCAUGCAGUGUUGGCUUGCUGAUUGUCAUCUUAUUGGCUGAAACACAACUGUUUUAAGGUACACAAUGCAAAAGGUGCUCUACAUAUCUAGUGUAUAUACACAAGUGUACUUUGUGUUCCUACACCAUAAAACACAAUGUUUUGUUGUCUCUUACUAAAGCCUAGUCCAAAAUCCACUGGACACUGGGAAGAAUCCCACUGGUUUUGAUGGAGACUGAAUGAAGCCUGUAACCUUGAAAUAUUGGGAGUCUCUCUGUUAGAAUUUGGUAUUAUUCUGGGUGCACAAUGAAAUGACAACAUUUUGCAUGCUUAUGGUUUUAUUGGUUUAGCAAUAUUAAUGCAAAACAAGUGGUAGCAGUUACUCAUGGGGCUACGUGGAUAUUUUAAUGAACUCUGGUGAAGAAUAUUUUUAUUUUGAUUUUUUAAAGUCUUUGAAACUGUCAGGCUAUUUUGAAAUCAAUUUCUAGGUGAAUUUAAGGUUUUUAAUUACACUGUUUUAAAGGGAAUAUGCUAGAGGGGGACCGUUACCUCCCCUUCCAUUUUUUAGUCCUUGCAUUUUUGUAUUUCAGCAUUUCUCCUUUGCCAUUCCCAGGUGUUAGCCUCUUCUAGAAUCCCAUUCCCCAAAAUAAGUGGGAGAUUUUGACCUGGGGAUUCUGAAUGCUGAAGCCUAGAGUUCACUUUAGUGUUGUACCUGUGGUCGUUCCUCACUGGUAUUAUUUUAUGGGUGGGGAAGGAUACUCUUGGGGUGUCCAGUGCUCAAAAUUGUCAUGCUGUGUUUCUAGCUUAACCAACAGCUACGAAGUGCUGCACUCCACACAGCAAUCCUCAACUCCAGUUUGAGGAAUUCCCUGGUAGAUAACACUUAUGUUGUCAAAAAUGGUUAUGUGCCAGUAUGCUGAUGACAUUCAUUUCAGUGCCUGAGAGACUGACCCAUCGUCUGGACUGUAGCCCUGAGCUAGCCUCCCCUGACAAAUUCUGAAGUUACUCUUUCCCUGGGCAAAACUUUUAAUGGGUGCUGGAUCAAGUUCUUUAUGACCAAUCUUCCAGAAAACUUCUCGAAGGCAUCUGUCUCUGGCCAGGUAUCUCAUCUAGGUUUUUUCAGGCACCUUUACUUUGAGGGAGGUUGAUUUUAAUUAAUAUUGGAAAAAAAUGUGAUUUUUGUGAAGUUUGGGGGGGAUGGAGUUGGCUUGGUUGGUUUUUUAGAUUUAAGAAGAUUGAUGCAAGAGAACAUAAAUCUGUGUUGCUUUUCUUGUAUACUAAACUGUUUUUUGGGAAGGUUUUUUUUCUAAAAUCUAUGAUAGAUAUGUAAAGAGUGGGCUAAUUUUUGCAGCUGGGAGACAAGGGUUAGCAUAGAGCUUUACAGAGCCCAACAAAAAUGCUCAUCCACUCUGAAUAUUCACUCCAAACCUCUGAGCAUUAUCAGAACUGUUGUUCACUGUUCUCAGUGGUGUUUUUAGACCAGAAACUCAUCCUGAGACUUGAAGUUGCCAUUCAAAGCACACUAAAACAAAGGGUAUGCCUGGGAGUAAUUGUCAUACUUAUGCUCCCAUAAUGUUAUGGAAGAUCUUGUGAAUGUCAUCAACUAUUCAUCGAUGAGAAAAGUUAUUUUGCCUUAUGUCUCAUUCAGUGCUAAAUAUAACAGAUGGCCAGAAGUUAAGUAACAGCAGCUGUUUGUGACAGUCGAGGAAAUCACUGGUAGAGCUGACUCUGCUUAGACAGUUAGAAGGAUGUUUUAAGAUUGGAAGCACUCUUAGAGUAACGCACACAUGGAGCAUACACUCCUCAUUACUGCAUAAUUUUCAGUGUGUCUGCUUAUGCUUUGUGUUGUUUUUUUCUAAUAUUAAGCUGAUUGGCCUUGCUUUUGUAUGUGUACAUAUACAUAUAUCUAAAACCUUUUUUUUUACAUGGAGUAUGUACAACAAUAUCAUUUUGUAAGAUACAUAAAGGGCUAUAUGAGCUAAAUGUGGUAAAUUAAUAUAUAUUUUAAAAUAAUUUCUUUAUUAUUCCAGUACUGCUUCUGCUACUGAAACCCCAAAUCUUUUUUGUUCUUGUUUUGUACAGAGCCUGUUCUAAGGCAAAUCCAGAGAAAAGAUUUUAAUUGAAUUCUCUCCUCCAAUCUGUAAUGAUUUUCUUGUUCUUUUCAGGCAAAACAUGAGGUUUCAGUAACUAAAAUAAUUUAUUUACAUUUCUAUAGAUACGUCACCAUUUGUAUUUGCUUUUCAGUGCUUGAGAACAUUCAGCUUGGUGCCAGGUAUUUUUCCCCCAUUGAUAUUUACUGCUCAUUAAAAGACUAUGAUGUGAUUCUGGAACUGAGUUAUUAGAAUCCUGUUCUACAAACACUGUUUGGCCUGGUACUGAAACAGUAACCCGUGCAUAAUGGGUCAUAAACUUGUAACUAAUUACUGAUUUAUGAAUAUUAAUUACUAAGGGAGGCAUUAUCUUCUAAUGAUACGUACUGGACUUGCCCUAGACCUGUGUACCGAUGUUUAAAGAUUGUGAAUGUAUAGCCAUUUGAAGAGUUAGUACAAAUAAACGUUUUU